AUGCCGAAGAAUCGCAAGCAUCAGAAAUUCUCGAACGAGAUGUCCCGGCGCGGAAACAUGGCAGAGGGAAGGAUGGAUCCCAGACAUCGUAUCUAUGCUCCGAUGGUCUCGAGAGCUGCGGAUCGCUUUCCCAGAGACGGAGUCUUGCCUGGACUACCACCCCUACCUCCACCCCACGUUUGGCCUGGACCUCCGCCCUACAGGUCUUCGCACGAAUCGCCCGUGCAGUAUCCACCUGCCAUGCCACAGCACUCGGAUUCCCCUGCCGGAUACGGUCCAGGCUUGCCGUCGCAUCCUUCAUCCGAGAUGAACAUGAGAGUGAUGCCCGCCAACGUUCCACACGCGUACUUUCAGCAGCGCAAUGACAAUAGAAACCUGCAGCAUCGCCUGUUCAACGAGCACUAUCGCUAUGCGGGUCCACAGCAGACAUAUGCGCCACCUGAUAUCAACAAUCACGUUGCAGGGUUCUCUUCUCAUGCACGCAUCGUGCCCAACGGGGUGCACCAAGCUAAUGAGCGCAGCUUUGGGAAAUUUCAGUUGCGUGGGGAUGCGCCGGAAUUUGUGCCUAGAUACAAGUCCGAUGACGAGAGUUUCGUGCACAAGUUCGAUCAAUUUGACUCGUCCGACUCUUCGCUCAAGGUCGAAGAGCUUGAUCUCAGGUCCGACGAGGACAAAAAGAAAUCGCCGGCAGAGAGAGUCGCCUGGUUGGUUGUCAGUAGUACUCGCUAG